UUACUUCAGGCUAGUUAUAGUUUUUAUACGUGGCCUUCUGCACCUGUACUUGCUUGGUUUCUUUGGGAACACAAAGAAGAACUUAUCGGAAAAAGAGUUUUAGAACUUGGAUCUGGUACAGCGCUUCCUGGGAUUUUAGCUAGUAAAUGUGGUGCUAUAGUAACUUUAAGCGAUUCUGCUAGUUUGCCUAGAAGUCUACAACAUAUAAGAAGAAGUUGUGAGCUAAAUGGAAUUUUGUCUCAAGUUCAAAUUGUUGGUAUAACAUGGGGAUUAUUUCUAUCUAGUUUAUUUUCCAUUGGACCAUUAGACUUAAUUCUUGGAUCCGACUGUUUCUAUGAGCCAGCAGUAUUUGAAGACAUAGUUGUUACAAUUGCAUUUUUACUAGAAAGGAACCCACAUGCAAAAUUUCUCUGUACCUAUCAAGAAAGAAGCACAGAUUGGUCCAUAGAACAUUUACUGAAUAAAUGGCAUCUUACUUGCACCCAUAUAUCGUUGGCUGGACUUGGUACAGAUUCUGAUGUAAAUAUAUAUGAUUUAAUGCAAGAUCACACUAUUCACUUAUUAAGUAUACAACGUGCGACUUAAUAAGUUUGUCAUGGCUGUACGAUACUUACUUAAUGUAUCUAGAAUUCCUUGGACUGUUUCUCCUUCCGAAUUUAAAUCUUACUUUUCAGUGUUUGGUAAAGUAAAGGAAGCAAGAAUUAUAUUCGAUCUACACGGUAUUAGUACAGGCAAUGGUACUGUUGAAUAUUACGAUAAAAAUGCAAUGGAAACUGUACUUUUUAGAAAGCACAUUUUAGAGAAUGUGGAAAUAAAUGUGAAAUCUUCAUAAUGAGUCUCGAGCAAACAUUUAAUAAAGCUGCAAGCUACUUGCAAACCUUAGCAUCAGAAUUAAAUUCUACUGAUCUUCUCAAAUUCUAUGCUUUGUAUAAACAGGCAACAGUUGGAACUUGUGACAUUCCACAGCCUAAUUGGUACCAAAUGAAAGCUAGGCAAAAAUGGGAAGCUUGGAAAAAUCUGAAUGAUAUGAGCUGUGAUGCUGCUAUGAUAACUUAUAUAGAAGAGUUGACAAAAUUAUCUCCUACUUGGGAGCAAGAUGUAGAAUCUGAACCACAGAAAUGGGUUGCUGUUAGUCGUUUGCUGAAUGCAGAAGAACAGAUAAGCGACACAGAUAAAACUUUUUUGGAUUGGAUAAAAGAAGGCCAUGAGGAAAAGGUACAGGAAGUACUGGAAAAAGAUCAAAGACUUAUAAAUCUGAUGGAUACAGAUGGUUUGUUACCAAUACAUUGGGCUGCAGAUCGUGGUCAUUCAAGAAUCAUAGAACUCUUAAUUAAAGAAGGAGCAAACGUGAAUUCACAAGACUCAGAUGGACAAACUCCAUUACAUUAUGCAGCGUCCUGCGGUCAUGUUGACGUUGUAAAAUAUUUACUUUCCAUUGGUGCAGAAUCUAUAGAAGAUAACGAUGGUAUGAAACCCAAAGACGUUGCUGAUGUUAAUACAUUGUCAUACUUACUCAGCAUGGAAUAGUAACUAGCUAGAUUUAUUCAUAAGAUCAUGGUACUUUUUUAUUUGUAAUUUUC